AUGGACGACAUGUCAGCUGCUGAUUUUGGAGCCUUGGUCGACGUCUUCCACAAAUCAGAAAUAAACCCGACUAUCGGACGUAUUGAAAGAUAUCUUGGAAAGACCAUUCCGGCAACUUUCUUCCCCGGCCCUUUUAACUUUCAGCGCGUAGUUACCCAUAAAACAGAAAACAUGUUAGAGAGUUCUCAUGAGCUCUCAAUUUGUCGCAUAACUGGCACCCAGGAUGGAGUCGUUGAGGUGAACAUCACUGCUUCACUCGACUCUAAACAGCUUUGCGAGAAGCAUCCAUGA